CCCCUCCCCCUCCCCGGGUGGAGACAUGGUCCGCGCCCUUCUGGCAGUGGUGACCGUGUGGGCGGCGCUGGUACACGCCCACACCAAUCACCACGCCCACGGUCACUCCCGCGCGCGCACCCGCACUUUCACUCUGGGAUACCUGACGGGGUCGGAGAGGCUGCCUGACGACCAUGAAUACAACAGGCCAGGACUCAGCAUCUCGGGCGCCAUGACUCUCGCGGUCGAGGAGGUCAACAACUUCCACCCACUGGUCGGAGGUCACAAGCUCAACUUCACAGUGGCAGAAACGUACGGUCAAGAGGACAUCAGCAUCCUGCAGACGGCGAGGCUGUGGAUCUCCAAUAUAUCUGCGUACAUCGGGCCUCAGGAAACAUGUGUUCAUGAGGCGCGCAUGGCAGCUGCUUUCAAUAUUCCCAUGAUAUCUUAUUUUUGCACGCAUCCCGAAACGUCGGAUAAGGUCAACUUCCCGACCUUCGCCAGGACACGGCCGCCCGACACGCAGAUCAGCAAGUCGGUUACGGCCAUUCUCAAGCGUUUUAACUGGAGGAAGGUGACCUUCUUCUACAACAACUCCCCGGAUGAGAACUUCAGUCGUGUGGCGAGGACGAUCGUGAGGACUCUGCCACGCCAUAACAUCACGGUUCUGGCGACGAGAUCCUGGGGCGCCACCUACCACCACCUCUACGAUAAGAACCCCUUCGUGUCCAUGCUGCAGGAGACAUACAAAGAUACCAGGAUUUACGUGGUGCUGGGACAUUACUAUGAGUUCCUGGGCCUCAUGACGAUCAUGGAAGAAAAGGGUCUCUUUUUAAAAUCUCCAGCCUAG